AGAGCAAUACUAGCAAAUCGUAAAAUCACUAAAAUGCAACUCUCUCUGUGAAAGUUGAGUACGAAUAAACAAACUGGAAAACUCGAAACUCAAAACCGCUCCCCCCACAUUGCUGAUCCCAACACAACAGUAAAACCCAAACCCUACACAGUUGACGCCAUUUUGGCUUCGCCGGAAAACAUGGCGUCGUCGAAGCUGAUCUCGUCGUCGUCAAAUUCCCGCAACUCCGAUCUCUCCCGACGCCCCUCCUCCAAUUCCACAAAACCCAAACCACCCUCCUCCUCCUCCUCCGCCGCCGCCGCCGCCAACCAAACCCUAAACACCACCACCGCCGGCGGCGGCUACAUUCAUCCCACGCCGGUCCAGCUCGGCUCGAUGACCGUCGACGGCCUCUUCUACAACAACAGCCUUACCACCUCGGAGCUCGAAGCGCAAAUAAACCUGAUCGACACCGCCGGCUUGGAAAUCAACUCCGCCGCCAGCGUCAGCUCGCCGCCGCCGAGGCCGAGGACGGUCGAUGAGGUCUGGCAGGAGAUUGUGUCCGGCGUGAGCCGGAAGGAGUGUAAAGAAGAGGUCCCCGAUGAAUUGAUGACGCUCGAGGACUUUCUGGCUCGGGCCGGCGCGGUGGAAGAUAACGACAUUAAGGAUUUACACCUUGUGCCGCCGCCGGAGACGGAGAGGUUGAGCGGAGGACUGAGCGGAGGGAUGUUUGGGUUCGAUCAGAUCGCACUGAGCCCGUUCCAGUCGAUUGAGAAGAUUGAAAAGGUUGAGGGAUCCAUAGUUGGAUUCGGAAAUGGUGCUGAGGUGGCGGCGAGUGGAGGAGGGAGGGGGAGAGGGAAGAGAGCCAGGGCUGUUUUGGAGCCAAUGGAUAAGGCUGCACAGCAGAGGCAGAGGAGGAUGAUCAAGAAUCGGGAGUCGGCGGCACGGUCCAGAGAGAGGAAGCAGGCUUACCAAAUUGAAUUGGAGUCGAUGGCGGUUAGAUUAGAGGAGGAGAACGAGCGGCUUUUGCAAGAGAAGGGCAUUUUUGUAUAUUCAGCGGGUGCCUUAUGUGGGUAAAGGGUUGGUUGUUCAAAAGGGGAAGAACUUCGGACUUUGGUUAGAAGUCCGAGCUAAGGAAAGUAAUGGUUUGAAUUGAAAGAAGUUUCUUGCCAAAAGAAAAGAAAUUUGGAAGAGGCGAUAAAGUUCAAUAUCUAUGGAUACAAAGGUGGAUUUAAAAAGUAAACAGGAUGUUUUCUUGGAGUCGUAGCUGUGGUGUAUUUGAUUGGUAUUAUUUUCUUUAUCCUUUUCGAAUCAGAGAGAAGAAAAGAACCAGAUUUAAAUUUGAAGAAGAAAUAUUUAGAAAGAGGGAUAUGGGAUUUCAAGAUUGAGAAAACAUGAAGAAAGCAUAUGAAAAGUUCGAACAAACAAAAGAUUGGGAGGUUAAUCCUAUAUAGAAACAAUAAGAUGCUUGAAAGAAUGAAAUAGAUAAUGGAGAAUCAAAGAUGCUGGGUUUGAGAGAGUUGAUAAACAAUGAAAGGAAGAAUCAUAAUAUACUCAUGACUGCAAGUUCCAAUUUGAAGAAUGGGAUGUUUUGUAAGUUGCAGUAUUGCACAAUAAAUUUUAAAAGCAGAGGCUUGGGGAUUUGCGAGUAGAGUUCAUGUUGCUAUUUAUUGAGAGUUGAGAUUUAGAUUCUGAAAUGAGAAUUAGAUAAGAAUCAGAUGCAACUGGAAGAUGUUACCCCUUUGGAAUUGAAGUCCUUUGCCUCCUUUGGAACGACAAAGCCUUGACCUCACAUAAAGCACCCCUGAAAAUAUGAAAACGCCUUCAAAAAUAUGGGUAUGAAGGUGCUUGUAUGUGCCAUGUCAUUAAUUUGGCUGAAGGUGUGUGUGACAUUAUGUGAGAGUGUUACUUGUCACAUGGUUAAGUACCCAGAAAACAAAAGCUCAGACGGUUGAGUGCACCACGUGUGAUACUCUGGUAGGGUUUUUGUAAUUUAGCCAAAAAAAAGUCAAAAAUUGUGCAUGCUUUCUAUAAGGAAACCCAUUUCACGUAUUUCUGUCAUUCAGAUAUGAAGUUCCAGCUAAGCCAGGACGACCUACAGCUUUGUCCUCUCGUCAGCCACCAAUGCUACUUGGUAAUUAGAAGUAGCUCAGCAAAUAUGUAUGAGGGAAAAAAUGAGACAUCCUGCAAUGAAACAUAUUGAAAAUAGAAAAAAAGAAUAAGGAUAAAAAGGGAGAGCAGAUGGGGAAAUGUAGUGCGCGAAAAUCGCUGCCCGCUCUUGACUAUUUAGCAAUUUGAUAUUGUUGUAUUUGCUUUUCAAGUUGAUAUUAAGAGGUUGUACUUUCUUGUCUAUGUCUUACCUCUUUCCUUUUUUCUUUGAAAGAUGGAAAAUAAUUAAGAAUGACAAAUUGCAGUGCACACAGAGCCAAGAUCCCCUACAAAAGCUCAACACAAACUAUCUAAGUAGAAUUCACACAACAUAUGCCACCAAACUUACAGUGAAAACAAUGGCUUGAUAGUUGCCUGUCUUUCACAUGCUCUCUUUUGUUUCCGUAACAUUUAUUGUUUCUUUC